CACAAUCAUGACCUCCACCGCCUUAACUCAAGUGGACCUGGAUGGAAAGCUACCGAAGCUGGCUUCUGGGAAAGUCCGAGACUUGUUUUCUAUCGAUGAGAAGACUUUGCUGUUUGUCGCGAGCGACCGAAUAUCUGCGUAUGAUGUGGUUAUGCAAAAUGGCAUUCCACAAAAGGGAAGCCUCCUCACGGCCAUGAGUGUAUAUUGGUUCGAAUACUUGAAGAAGAAGAUCCCUGGACUUCAAACCCACUUUAUCGACAACUCUCUCCCUCCGUCCCUUGAGGCCUCCCUUUCUCCUUCACUGGCUCAAUCUCUUCGCGCAAGGAGCAUGCGCGUGCACCGACUUCGCAUCUUUCCACUAGAAUCAAUCGUUCGAGGCUAUAUCACGGGAUCUGCGUGGUCAGAGUAUAAGAAAUCGGGCACCAUCAAUGGCAUAAAUAUACCUGCUGGAUUGGUCGAGGGGCAGAAGCUCGAAACUCCACUAUGGACGCCGAGCACGAAAGCAGAGGCUGGCGGAAAGGACGAAAACAUCAGUCCCGAGGAGGCACGACGUUUGAUUGGCGAGGAUUAUGCGAAAAAAAUAGAGAAUCGAAGCCUCGAGAUCUACGAGGUCGCGGCAAAGAGAGCUGAGGAAGUGGGGAUCAUUCUUGCAGACACUAAAUUUGAAUUUGGGGUCAACUCGCAGAACCAGGAUGAAGUUGUUCUAGUGGAUGAAAUCUUGACGCCUGAUAGUAGCCGAUUCUGGUCAAAGGAGACUUGGGAAGCGAAUCUGGGGAAGCCACAGCCGAGCUUUGAUAAACAGUAUCUACGGGACUGGUUGACGAAGAACGGCCUGAAAGGGCAAGAGGGUGUUGCAAUUCCAGAAGAUGUGAAAGCGAAAACGGCGUCAAAAUACCGGGAGGCAUAUGAGAAGAUCACAGGGUCAGGUUGGAAGGUAGAAUCAGUUUGAAGUGACUAAAUCUUAGACAGAGUAGGCUAUCCUAUCCAUCAUAUACUUACUGCUGCUUGUCACCUCACGUAUAAU